CCCCCAAACCCACAACCCUUCGUCUCCAACUCCAACCAAGACCUUCAAAGCCUGCAAAUCGCCAUCGCUCUAAACCCUCCCUCCACCACCAAUUGCUGGCGCUUGAAAACCUAAUCUAGAACCCCAAUCACAAAGAUCCCUAUUCAACUCCAAGCUCAAUUGAAAACCUAACCUUGAACCUCAAUCUGUGUCUUGAAACCCUAACCUUGAACCUCAAUCGAUGGCUCUGCAACCAUUUUCUUCCCAAACUCUCACUCUGCAACCUUCGCCAAUCCCCUGAAGAUUAUCGGCGGGUUCUCUGCUACGAAAGCUCUCUUUGUCAUUACUCCUCAGCUCCUACGUACACACAUUCUCCCUCCGCGGUGUGGUUCCUCUUCCCUUUCAAGCGGGACACUCUUCUUGGGACACAGGCUGCUGCAAAAUGGUUCGUGAUGAAAUCAAAAGCUUUAGUGUCCUCUUUUCUUGAGCUGCUCAUUUUCGAGGCGCAUGCCUCCUUGUGGGCUUGUUUCAGUUUCACCACAGCGGAAGAAUUCAACACAGGUCAAUCUUAUCACGAGUGUCUACUUUUUGGAUUUAUUUCAAUAACAUUGGUUAGACAACUACAGACCUUUGAAUUUUGAUAAAAAGAAAGCCUAAUCAUAUAUGUUACUCUAACUCAUUUGAAUUUCCCAUUGGUUAAAUAUGUUACGAUAAAGAUCUCAACUGUAUUGUUUAUUUUUUCUUCCAGUGUACGUCUAAGAUAUUGUAGUAAUUAAUAUCUUUAUUUGUUGUUAGUUGAUAUUUUAUGUAGAUUAUCAGCCAAGCGUUCAACAUGUUGGCCAUGGACUAGGACGACGAUGAAUAUCUCAAUUGGUGAAAGUUUCCAAUUAUUGACUGAGUUGAACUAGUAGUUUAUUAUAAACAGAGAUUGAUCUAAAUGUUGUGAAGGAUGAACUUAGUAAAUGACUUCAAUUCCUUGUAUAUUGUGUAUACUUCUAUGUAUAAAGCUAGGUACUUCCUAUACCUGAUUGUAUUUGUUACUACUUCCUAUACCUGAUUGUAUUUGUUA